UUCAUCGAUAGCAGAGGCGCUCCUCCAAUCGCGGAGUUAGACGCGGCCAGUCUGCAAAAUGCGGUUUUUCUCGCGUUGAAGUGCUGCACCUAUUUCGCGAACGCGAACAACUUGAUAGGAGGGCAAGGUGCGAAUGCGAUUAUGAACAAGCAGGGGAACACUAACAGCGCAGUCUCCGCUUCCGCAAAAGCCGCGGCCAAAGACGUGUUUUUCAACCUCCAGCUUGGGCACGACUUCCUUGCGAAUUCGCAGCUGUACUUAGCAAACCUCGUGCAAAGCUACAAAUCCAUGUUCCGGUUCGGGCAGGAGGAUUUGCAACAAACCGGGAUCCAGCUACACGAUUUGUUUCAAACGACACAAACAACAGCUCCAACUUCCACAGCAGCAGGAAAUAAAGACUACGCAGAGGCCCGGCGCCAGCUUUUCCGCGGCAUGUUGAAGAUGAUACCGACUUUGAUCUCCACUCUGGAGGUGAAACUCCACUCGGUUUCCAGCCCAAAUUUGAAGAUUAUCGGCGCGGACAUGCUGGGUGGGUUACUCUUGAUCCACUACUACGAGAACUAUUCGCGGUUGAAGAAGUGGAAAAACGAAGAGGAAUUGCUGCUUUCCUUUUCCUUAUUGGAGGAACAUUUGCUCCCAACCUUCCACCACCUACUCGCCGACAACGCGACGAAUGUCAGAACCAGGGUUUUGUCCAAUCUGGCAAGUUGUCUCCACGCCUUCGCGACAUCCUUAUCGCCGAUAAAUGUUGAUCAAAAUAAUGGAGACAACAACUUCACAGCAAAAAAUUUCGAGCAGUUGAGAAGAUUGAUUUCGAAAACCUUCAAAGAGUAUCUGCUACCCCAGAUCAGCCGGAUGGUACAGUCUUUGGCGGUGAACGAGAACGAUUUGUCGUUCUCUCUAGCGGUCGCGAACAAGUUGGGGUAUUUUUUGGAUAUUGCAAUGAGCUUGGAAAACGAUGGGAAAACGAGUGUAGCGGAGAUUGGCAAUAACCGGGAUUUGUUCACUGAUCCGAUGCAGUUGUUACUGCAGAAUUUGUUGCAGCAGGCGGAAUCAAACUCCUCCAUAAGCAGUGCAGCCCAACAGCAACAGCACGGCGGAUUGCAUUUGAUGCACGACUUCACGACCUUGCAAAUCAAACUCCAGAUUCUAAACGCGUUGCCGAAACUCUCGUUAUACUUCGGGAGAAUAUCAAAUGUAAAAAUGUCUGGGUCUGGAAGGUUGUAACUUGUCAUGCUGUCUUCGGAUUCGAAAAAACUCUGUAUUGCAUGACCAGCAAGAGGAGUCCAGUUUGGUCUACACGGAGAGGGCAUUUCUCAUGCAGAAUAGGCAUCAGGAAGCCCUCUAGAAAUAUGUGAUGCUAGGCCAUGCAUUACAGCCAUCAGUGGCCAUGCAAAAUAUGCAUGACAAGUCUGGCAAUCUUCCAGACCCAGACAUUUUUACAUUUGAUGGAGAACCGGGAUGCACAACUUCUUACUUCCUCAUCUCAUCUCCUUCAUGAACACAAACGACUGGGAGGUCAGGGCAUCAUUCUGUGAAUUCUGCUGCGAGAUUUCGAACACAUCUUUGACGACAACAAGCACAGAAGGGUUGCUGUACCCCUGUUACGAACAAUGUCUUUCCGAUAACGAGGAGAGGGUGAUUAUCGCCGCGUUGGACGGGUUGGCGAAACUGGUUUUGCAUCAGAAAUUUUCUGACCAGUUUACCAACACCUGGAGCUUCCAACGACCGGUGUUGCCCUUGAUACUACACCCUUCAAGCAGGGUGAGAACCGCUUGCACGCAACUGAUAGAGUCUGUCAUCAAAUCCGAUGUCGUCUGCUACCACGCGUUCUGGCUGCCGAAUUUGCAGCCCUAUUUGAAGGAGUCGAUUGUGAUUAACGGGGAAAUGUUUCCGCUUAGUCAUGCGGAUCCGGAGAGUCUGUUGUGGAGGAAUCCGGUGUCGAAACAGGGCUUUCAGAUGCUGGUGAAGGUAUAGUUUUUAUGUUGAACAAUACCUGAUUCUUUGUUGCUCUUGCUACUUUCCACCAGUGAAUUAUUGUCAUGCGAGUUUUAGACUAAUGUCGCUUUUCUUGUAAUGCGCACUUUAGCAUGAAAAACCAAAUCACACAGGAGCAGCAGACCAUUUUGGGCAUCGUCGACGAGAAGCAGCAGCCAGCCCCGAUUCUCCCUCUAUGCAUUGCAAAAAUGUCUGGGUCUGGAAGAAUACAAACUUGUGGUGCGCAUUUCAGAGAACAGAAAAAUCUCUCAUGCAUAGGUAGCAAAAGCUGCCCGCUUUCUGUCACCAAAAUGGGGGAUUUGUCAUGCGGAUUCGGCAUGGCGGAAGCUUCUCGAAACCUGUGAUGCUAGAGCUUCCAUGCGAGACCUUCUGUGUCAUGCAAAAACAGCAUCACUCUUCCAGACCCAGACAUUCUUCCAUUUGAUACCCGCAAGAUGAGGACAAAAAAUCACUAGAACUCCUCAAACCCUGGGUGGCGAAGUGGACGCAGCAGCAACACAGGAGCUAUGCAAGAAAAAAAGUGUGUAAGGGUAAGUCUGUCAUGCAGAGAGAGCAAAAGAGUUACACUUGUCAUGCCAGACACCCACAAAGUCCUCUUUUCAGGUGCGUUUUCACGUAUUUGUUCUGCAUGACAAGCUUGCUCUGUCAUGCGGAGCAAGUUUGUCAUGCUGUCACUCCAAGAGACCUACGCUACCACAGCUUUUUUCUUGGAUAGGACUUUGAACACAGCGAACAACACUGUGCAGAAUCUAGCGCAGUUUCACUUGAUACAAAAAGUGAACCCGCACAGCAUCCCCUAUCCAAUCACUUGUGACAAGCAAUCCGCGCGGGGGUUGGACGUGAGGAUGGAAACCAGCACGUGCUCUUCGUCAAACACUGGCAGGAUAGCAAGGAUACGGAAAGCGUCGAAGAAAAGACUACAGAGGAAAAAUCUUCAAGGUGGUUCUAUCAAUAAGAAAACCACUCCGGUCCUCCACGUGUCUAUCGCACAAAACGCAGGAGCGGGCGGGGGCGGGCAGGAAGACAGUAAUUCUAGUACAGCGAGAGAAUCAUCCAGCAGACGGGAAUCUGUGUCAAAUCGCCAGUCGCAAUCCCCGAAUAACGCGCAUUCGGGCCCGAGAAGAGCCAGGCUGACGGAUUGGAAAGUAUCGGCGCUGCAAUUGCCAUUAGCUUUUGACAACGCGGCGACCAAUAAAGCAGGUAGUUCUGCCAACAGCGUUGAGCAUCAACAGCAGGGCGGUUUCGGCACAAGGGCAUCCACCGGAGUAGCAUCGGAACAAUUUCAGCCGCCAUCCAGAACCGCGGCUGCGCUCGCAAAUGCUUACGCCAAUGGCCCGACCGCGGCGGACUGGUUUUACACCGUUUUUCCCAAUCAGGUGCAAACGAGGGGGAGUUACGGCAACGACAGUGGUAAUUCUACUAUUAACGGCGCACAGCAAGGAACAACAACGCCGCAGAACAAGCAACAUUCCUUCCCAAAUCCCCCCUUCAACAUGCGACUGCUGGCGACUUUGUACGAGUAUUGCCGGGGAGAAAUUCCUACCGCGGUCGUGAAAAUUGACAACAGUGCUGACGGGAGAUUGUUGCUGACCGGGGGGGAAAACGGAAAAGUCAACUGCUACAACACGGCGGCGCUCGAUCGAGAUGUGCCGAUGCAGCCGGUUUGGAGUGUUGAUUGGUUCAAAGCCAUUGGAUCAUCCGCAUCAAACCAAAACCCCACCGCUUCAAAAAAAUCCACCAAGCUCCGGUGUUUGAAAAUUCUAACCGCAAACAACAACACUCCUGGGCUCUUUCCCGGCACUCCAGGGUUUCAGCAGCAAGCGCAUUUGCAGAAGCACAGCUCGGAGUUUGUGUUAGCUGGCGACUUAUCAAAUGUAAAAAUGUCUGGGUCUGGAAGGAUACAACUUGUGAUGCUACUUUCGGAAUCUACAUAAAAACUGUAUUGCAUGAACAGCAAAAGAGGUGUAAUUUGUGCUACGCGCAGAGGGCAUUUCUCAUGCGGUAUGAGCAUCAGAAAGCCCUCGCAAAAUAUCUGAUGCUAGGGCAUGCAUCACAGACCUCAUGGCUCAUGCAAAAUCUGCAUGACAAACUCCUGCAUGCUUCCAGACCCAGACACUUUUGCAAUCCAUACGACUCGGAUGUUGUGUCCCUGCACUCCUUCGAGCGGAGCGGUGCGUGCAUUUCGCAGAAGGAUUUGUCCAGCUUUUCAAGGACGACAGUGUCAGGCACCGAUGUAUCCUGAGCAAAAACGCCCCCACCCCAGAGUCAAGAUGGGGAAUCCGCUAGACAAAUCCGCCACCUCUGGUGGUUUCGCAUGACAAAUUUAUCCUCGUAGUGUAAUCCUGUUUAGCUAGUUCCGAAGCAUCACAGAUCUAGCACAUCAUGCUGAUUCUAGCAUUACAAAUUCCGAAACAGGAUAAGACAAUGGCUCUCAUGGGGCUCCGCAUGAGAAACUUUUUUGGCAUGCAGAUUUGCAUGACAACUCUGGUGUGGGGACAUUUUUACUCAGGAUACGAUGGUCAACAGCCCUUCACGCAAUCCACCACGGCGAUAGACUACUGCGAGACGUCCCUUGAUUCCCUAAUCCUCAUCGCCCGACAGCAGGGCCAGGUCCACGGGUGGGACACGCGCAUGAAGCAACUCGCUUUCACGGCAGUAAUUCCCCCGCAGCUCGGCGCGCCAUCGUGUCUCUCUACGAACAACAGCUUUUUAGUGGCCGGCACUUUUGGUGGGUGCGGAGUCUUGUUCGAUUUGAGAUUUCUCGCGGCCGUGCGUAAGUGGAAGGUCUCAACUUCCGCGCCAAUUAUGGACUGCAAGAUCAUGCAGACAAACAGAAACUCCGGUAAUAGUUCGAACACGCUAGAAGUGGUCACGGCGCUCGGCGGCGAGGGGAACGAGGUUGCGGUGUUUGACUUCAUACGAGGUUCAACAUUGCAGUUCUUCGAAUCAAAAUCCAGUUCGGGCAGGCCGGUGUCGUUACCGCAAUUACUGGAGUGCAAGCUAGAACAACCCGCAAAUUACAGCGGUACGACAACUUCUAGAGACUCCUCUCUCCACCUAGCGAAGAACAUCGUGCACGCAGAACAAUUUUCCUCCACUUUUGGUUCCACCACCACCUCUGUUGCGUCGACGAAAACGGGAGGGAGUAAGUCGACGUCAAAAGGCGCUGCUAAUGUAGGGAUUGCAAAAGUGUCUGGGUCUGGAAGAUUGCAACUUGUCAUGCUAAAUCCGAAUCAUGCAGAAGUCUGUGUUGCAUGACUGCCAAAAGCUGUCCCCUUUUGACCAAGUUGAGAGGGAGUUUCUCAUGCAGGAAAGGCAUGAUAGAGACCUCAAAGAAUCUGUAAUGCUGGGUCUCGCAUUCCAGACCUCAUGGGCCAUGGAAAACCUGCAUCACAAAUCUUGCAUUCUCCCAGACCCAGACAUUUUUGCAAUUGAUAUAAUGCGUGGAAUUUGAAUUUGCGGAAUUCCAUGGUGCGUUGUCUAAAGCUCAUCCCCGGAACUAUCCUGUUCAAAAGUAUCGUACCCGUAUUGCAAUCAUGCAUUACAAAAAAAUUAGGAUUAGGUAAAUCCGCAUUACAAAUUUUAUUUCUCAUGCUGAAGAAAUUUGUAAUGCAUUUAUACGAGUGCGAUACUUUUGCAGUUCAUAGGCACAAACGGCUUGUUAUUCGGUGGGACGGACGCAAGGGUCCGGUUGUGGAAUUUAUCCGCGAGUAACCCGAACAAUUUUGACCACAACGGAGGUGGAUCAACCUUUUUGUCCAGUGGUGGCCACGACAGCUCGAAUACCCUCGUCCAAAUGCUCAUCGGGGGGAGGAGAGAUGGAGGUGGAGCGUCGUCGAAUUACGGCCCGAAUCUGCAGCUCUCCGAUGUGACUACUGGUGGACAUCAGCAAAGCGGGCAGGGGCAGAGUGGUGGGUCGUUGUCUGCGGCACAGCAGCAGCUGCAGCAGAAUAGUAUUGGCGGUUCUUUCGCAUCAGCUUUCAACAGGAACUCCACGCGGUACAGCUGCAGUCGACUGGGCGAGAAAACGAUUGUGGUUUGCGAGGAAGAACCAAUGGCUACGCAGCAGCAGGGCGCAAGUACUGCGGGUGGAAGAUCUUUUGGAAGCAGUGGAACUACUACAUCAGGCGGAAACAACAAUACAGGUUCGAACACUGCAGCUGCGACUGGGCAGCAAGACAACGUGUCGGGGGGUGGAGGUUCUACUUUGUCGGACAUUAUUAACCCGAACGAGUUGCUGCGGCCGGGACCAAGGGAGCCAAAUCCGAACCACCGGGACGCGAUUCUGGACAUGAGUUUGCUGUAUCGUGGGCCGAAUUUCAGCACGUUGCUGGCGACUGCGGGGAGGGAUGGAUUGGUGAAGUUGUGGUGUUGAUUGAGUGGAAGAUGAGGUGUGGCGAAGAUGUUCGCAUACUUUAAGUAAUCAAUCUAUACUGACUCAAACUACAUGCACAUAUAGCAGAAGCAACUACCCCUAUUACUGACUCGAGGCCUAGGCCGAGCUUGCGACAUCUAUCGUAUACUUUUUCCCCUGCGGUCUGGCGCAACCACCUUUAUCAGUUUUCUCUUGUCCUCCAUAGUGUGUUCCUGCGUAAUCCUGCGGCGUUGCGUGCUACAACAGGUCGUUUUUGCGCCGUGUUUC